GGGUGACAGGGCCGCCCCGGCAGCGUGGCUUCUCUGCCGAGCAGGAAGCCACAAAAAGCAUUGUGCUCUUGUAACUGAUCUUUUAGUAGGCUAAGUUGCCGAAUUCUGAAAUCACUACAGGCACAGUGCAGGAAAUUGUGGUCCUCAAAACAAUGUGUCCCCAUGAUCAUUUUACAUCACGAUAUCUUUUUCUUCCUCAUUCUUAUUUUGGUUUUCGUAUCACGGAUGUUGGUUCGCGCUUUAUGGCAUUUCAACGAGCAAACUAAUCCAAUCCCACAAAGGAUUGUUCAUGGAACUACUAUCGAAAUUAUUCGGACCAUAUUUCCAAGUGUCAUUCUUUUGUUCAUUGCUAUACCAUCGUUUGGUCUUGCGUUGACAGUACUAAUAAUGGCAUUUGUUGUCUUAUUCGGAGUUCAAGGAAUAGCCUUUCAUCUUGGGAAUGAGAAUGUCGCGGAUCUCAAUGUUCUCGUCAUGACCAAUGCUCCUAACGGGGGUGACUUUCCCAUAGACCAACCUCCCGUUGGCGGACUACCAGACCUCCAGCAGGAAAUGGCGCACGCCGCCCAUCCCGAAGACAUAAUUGCGGAGUUGACUUCCAAGGUUGAAAGAAUAUUUCACGAAGUAGGCACUCCUCUUCCUUUAGAGGAAGGUGAAUCUGCGCGAUCGUUCACUGAAAAUCAUGUAUUGUGGAAUAGUGAGGGAGGAGAUACUCUUCAACAAAUCUUCUCCGAUUAUACGGAAGCCGGGGACGCAAGCGAAUUCGUCGCAAUAGCCACCAAUCUGGCGAAGCGGUUUCGCCGCGCCGAGCUCGGUGAACCGGAUUCUCCCGACCCCGAUGCGCCUUUGGAAGAGCAGGAGGCUCAUUCCACGGGAUCCCCUGAAAGCACAAAAGCAAAUGAUGGGGCGAACGAGGAAGGCCCGUCUUCUUCGCGGAAGCGUAAAAGGUGGGAUGAUGAUUCGGGGUCCGAAGAUGAUGAUUCGGGGGGCCCCGGGGAAUCUCCAGAUCCAGUGGAAAUCGUUUACGAAGGGGAUGCACAAGGGUACAACUGGGAGGGGAAUUAGGUUGGCCGCCAACUUCGCCUGCCUUUCUAUCUGAGUUCUUCCCUCUUGAUGCUUUCGAACGACUCCUAAAUUUCACAAAAUCCUUUUUUUCUUAUUUGAAAUCCAAAUCGAAAUGCCUCAACUUGAUAAAUUAACUUAUUUCUCACAAUUCUUCUGGUUAUGUCUUCUCCUCUUUACUUUUUAUAUUCUCUUAUUUAAUAAUAAUAAUGGAAUACUUGGAAUUAGUAGAAUUCUCAAACUACGGAACCAACUGCUUUCGCACCGGGGGGGCGAGAUCCGGAGCAAGGACCCUAAGAAUCUGGAAGAUAUCUCGAGAAAAGGUUUUAGCACCAGUCUCUCAUAUAUGUACUCCAGUUUAUCCGAAGUAUCCCAAUGGUGUAAGACCGUCGACUAUUUGGGAAAAAGGAGGAAAAUCACUCUGAUCUCUGAUUUCGGAGAAAUAAGUGGCUCACGAGGAAUGGAGAGACAGAUUCUCUAUUUGAUCUCGAAGUCCUCAUAUAACACUUCUUCCAGUCGGAUCACUUGUUGGAAAAACAUAAUGCUCACACAUGUUCCACACGGGCAAGGAAGCAUAAUAUCAUGAAAGCCGUCUGAUAAUCUUUCUAUAGGUUCCCCGAAGAGAAUGGAAAAAUCACAAAAACACUUUCUAUAUGUUCUGUUAUUUCGAGAUUCGAAGAAGCAAGCAAGUUUUUCAUAUAGCUGUUUCCUGUGUAGUGAUCUCUGUUCGUGGAGAUCAUGAGGCCCCUGAUACCCUGUGGUACGGGGGGGUAGAAGAGUGGGCAUGUGG